AUGGCUCCCUUCAACGCUCGAGGUGGUGGUCGUGGCGGCGGUGCCCGCGGAGGAGCUCCUCGCGGUGGUCGCGGCGGCUUCAGCGGCCGUGGUUCUUCCAACGGUGUUAGAGGCCGAGAUCCAACAACAGGCGGCGGUGGUCGCGGUGGCCCUGGAGGUCGCGGUGGACGAGGUGGCCCUGCCCGUGGUGGCCGAGGUGGCCGUGGCGGUGGUCGCGGCGGUGCUGGCGGCAUGAAGGGCGGUGCCAAGGUCGUCAUUGAGCCCCAUCGUCACGCUGGCGUCUUUGUCGUCCGUGGCGGCAAGGAGGACGGCAUUGCUACCCGCAACCUGACCCCCGGCGAGUCCGUCUACGGCGAGAAGCGCAUCAGCGUGGACGAGGAGGUCAAGAACGAGGACGGCACCACCACCACCACCAAGGUCGAGUACCGACUUUGGAACCCCUUUCGAAGCAAGCUCUGCGCUGCCAUUGCCGGUGGUGCGGAUGACAUCUACAUCCGCCCUGGCUCCCGCGUGCUGUACCUCGGUGCUGCCUCUGGUACCUCCGUCUCCCACGUUGCCGACCUCGUUGGCCCGACUGGCUUCGUCUACGCCGUCGAGUUCUCCAACCGCUCUGGCCGAGAUCUCAUUGCCAUGGCUGCCAAGCGACCCAACGUCGUCCCCAUUGUCGAGGAUGCCCGUCAGCCCGUCCGCUACCGCAUGGUCGUCCCCAUGGUCGACGUCAUCUUCGCCGACGUUGCCCAGCCCGACCAGGCCCGUAUCGUUGCCAUGAACGCCAACUGGUUCCUCAAGCAGGGCGGUGGUGUCCUGAUUUCCAUCAAGGCCAACUGUAUCGACAGCACAGCCCCCGCCGCCGAGGUCUUUGCCAGCGAGGUUCAGAAGAUGCGUGCUGAGUCUAUUAAGCCCAAGUACCAGCUGACCCUAGAACCUUUCGAGCGUGACCACUGUCUCGUCGCAGGUAUCUACAUGCGCAACGAAUAA